GAGGAGGCGAGCUCUGCUUUCAGUCGUUGCUCUGCGUUCUGACACCACCGGGUCCUCAUCACGCAAAGUCAGGCCCAAGACCUGUUCUGUUACUAGGCGGGGCUAGGCCCAGAGACACCGAGGAAGGGGGCAUUAUUAGAGGUGUGUGGGGGUGUGAGAAAAGAAAGAAAGGAGGAGGAGGAGGAGGGGGGCAUCAGCUUCUUGGACAAGUCUUCCUGCCCCACUGUCAGGUAGCUGAGAAUUUGUUUGCCCAAACCACUGGUAGACAUGGACAUGGCAGACUACAGCGAGGCUCUGGACCCAGCCUACACCACGCUGGAGUUCGAAAACAUGCAAGUCCUCCCCUUGGGUGCAGACUCCUCACCGGCUGAAAGCGCCAACAUGAACGCCACAGGCCACCUGGCAGCAGGCAGCUUGUGCGCCAUAUGCGGUGACCGAGCCACGGGGAAGCACUACGGGGCCUCGAGCUGCGACGGCUGCAAGGGCUUCUUCAGGCGCAGCGUGCGCAAGAACCACAUGUACUCUUGCAGGUUUAAUAGACAGUGCAUUGUGGACAAAGACAAGAGAAACCAAUGCAGAUACUGCAGACUGAAGAAAUGCUUCAGAGCUGGCAUGAAGAAGGAAGCUGUACAGAACGAGAGAGACAGAAUCAGCACCAGGAGGUCCAGCUAUGAAGACAGCAGCUUGCCAUCCAUCAACGCACUCAUUCAGGCAGAUGUUCUAUCAAGACAGAUCACGUCGCCCGCGCCCAUACUGAACGGCGACAUUAGGACCAAAAAGAUCGCCACCAUCACAGACGUCUGUGAGUCCAUGAAACAGCAGCUGCUGGUGCUGGUGGAGUGGGCCAAGUACAUCCCAGCAUUCUGCGACCUGCCCCUGGACGACCAGGUGGCGCUGCUGCGAGCUCAUGCAGGAGAGCAUCUCUUGCUUGGUGCAGCCAAGAGGUCCAUGCUUUACAAAGACAUCCUCUUAUUAGGUAAUGAUCACAUUAUCCCCAGAAACUGUCCGGAGUUGGAGGUGGGCCGGGUAGCAGUAAGGAUCCUGGAUGAGCUGGUGCUUCCUUUUCAAGAGCUCCAGAUAGAUGACAAUGAAUAUGCCUGCUUGAAGGCUAUUGUUUUCUUUGACCCAGAUGCAAAAGGCCUAAGUGACCCGGGUAAGAUCAAGCGAAUGCGAUACCAGGUCCAGGUCAGCCUGGAGGACUACAUCAACGACAGGCAGUACGACUCUCGGGGCCGCUUCGGGGAGCUCCUCCUGCUGCUGCCGACGCUACAGAGCAUCACCUGGCAGAUGAUUGAGCAGAUCCAGUUUGUCAAACUCUUUGGCAUGGCAAAGAUUGACAACCUGCUGCAGGAAAUGCUCCUAGGAGGUUCAGCUAAUGAAGCCCCACAUGCACCACACUCUCUGCACCCUCACCUGGUUCAAGAGCACCUCAGUAGCAACGUUAUAGUGACCAGCAACAUGGCAACGCCGAUUCACAAUGGUCAAAUCUCCACUCCUGAAACCCCGAUCCCGUCUCCACCCACCGCCUCUGGAUCAGAACACUACAAAAUGCCUCAGGGCGUCAUAGCCACGGUGCCCAAGCAGCCGACCUCCAUCCCUCAGCCAACCAUCACCAAGCAAGAGGCCAUUUAACAAAAGCUUCAAUCCCAAUUCUUUAUGCUUUUUAUAUUGUGAAAACUUUAUACAAAGUCAGGAUUGACGCUGGCGACUUCAAAGUAGCUAAAUAUGUAUAAUGUAAUUACAAGCUCUUUACAGAUAGCCUUCAGGGACAUAUUUGUACAUAAAAUGCAGCUGCGGUUGAGCUCCAAGGCUCGGCAUGAGUCCGAUUAAAACACAUGCGAUGUAAUUUGCCAGACACUUACAGUGCUGUAAAUAAACCGUCAUUAUCAGGUAACAUGCGCAUGUGCAGCGAGGCUCAUGUUAGACGCAGCGACGUGAUCAUGUGAGUAUUUUAUGAAUGUUACAACAAGCCUUACGAUUUCAUACAUUUAAUGUAGCACGGUUCUAUGUUUAUUGGUGAUAAAUAUGAGCUUAGAAGCUAAAGGAAAGCCCUUGAAAGAGUUCAGCUUUUUAGGUUUGUUUGAAAAUAUUUUUUUUUUUAUUUAUGCAAUGCGCCGUGCAUAUUCAUAUGAGAGAAAUCUAAAGAGAGAAUUUUGUAAAUUUACACCCAAAACGACCAAGCGUUUGGCACACACAGUUUCCCAAUGAUGUGAUGUGUUAGUUUUACAAAAAACAAAAAAAAUAAAAAUAUAUAUAUUCUAUUUUUUGUUUAGUUCUUGUCAUGGUUUGACUGAUAAAAUGUGCCUUGGAACCUGUACUGCCUUACAAACCAGGAAAGGUUUACCUUACAAUGUGAAAAUGACUGAAUAAAUCUUAUCGUCUAUUUUUA